CACCGCGCGCUUUUCGCCGGGAAGGCCAAGCGCGUGCGCGGUGGCGCCGGCCAGACCCCUCGGCGUGCUCGAGGCGGCGUGUGUGAGAAGGGGGAGCGCAAAGUGCGUGAGCGAGGGAGACGGGGAGCGCGCUCGCGCCGUCUCUUUAAGCCGCUCACUCGGGAGCCUGGGCGCGUGUUGAGCGCGGCGCCUCGCCUGGCGCGCCGCUCCGCUCUCCCUUCCCUCGCGUAGGGGAGCUUCCUCAGGCAGCUCCGGCUCCUUGCUCCGGCAGAGACCCUUCGCGGGGCGCGGCUCUCUAGCCUCUCCCUGCCCCCUCCCUCGCUUCAACAGGCGUCAUGGACCACGGCCCCAAAGAAGGGGACUCGGCCGGGGCAGCUGCCGGCGACGCCGCUCGAGGGGCUGCUGCCGCCGCUGCCUCCUCCUCCGGCGGCGUGGUGGUGCAAGUGCGGGAGAAGAAAGGACCCCUUCGCGCCGCCAUCCCUUACAUGCCUUUCCCGGUGGCCGUCAUCUGCUUGUUCCUCAACACCUUCGUGCCAGGGCUAGGGACGUUUGUGUCUGCCUUCACGGUGUUGUGUGGCGCUCGGACUGACCUCCCCGAUAGGCACAUCUGCUGUGUGUUCUGGUUGAACAUUGCAGCAGCUCUGAUUCAGAUCCUCACAGCGAUUGUGAUGGUUGGCUGGAUCAUGAGUAUAUUUUGGGGAAUGGACAUGGUCAUUCUUGCCAGUAAGUACAGGUACAACGAACAUAGGAUCCCUCAGCACUUGUGAUGCGGUUUGGCACCAACGAAGCACAAAGAUAACUUCGUUUUUGUCCUUCUUUUUCCUCUGUCCAGCGGAGCGGAGGUGCAGAGCAGCAGAGAGUGACCUUCACUGAUCACUUUGACAGCCAUCUCCACUGUGAAGGCGCUGCCCUGUGGAUUUUCGGACUAGCACAGCCAAUGCUCCGGCGUGACAGGCAAGCCAUUCCAAAAACGGGAGGGGAGCCAUUGGCUAGGCUGAGAUGUCGCCGAGGAGGAUGGCAAUGGAGCAAAACAUCAAAGGAAAGGGACCUGCUAGCUAGAGAUGUUACCAUUCUCUCCAUCUGCAGGUGGGGAACGCUUGGAAGCAUUUUGCCUCCUUUGUGACUUGCUGAGGAAACGGCUCUGGUGUGAAUAUCAAAGAAGCAAAUGAAAUAUUUAUAGAUACAUUUAUAGAUGUAAAAGCAAAAGUUGGAUGGGACAACCUGUUUCCCAAGAGACAACCCUUGACUAUUUCUUGGGUGCAGGAGGGUUCAAGCUGAGGCCUUUCUUGCUCUCUUGAGUGUGUGUGUAUGUAGUUUUUAAUGGUGCUCGUUGACAAUCAGUUUUCCUCAGCCAUCCUGAGAUUUUGCUUGCUGCUUUUGUACGUUCUAUGUCAUUGUUAAGGUGAUUCAGGCUCAGCUGUUUAUGCAUCCUGCCAUCUUCUGCCUGCUGAAUGCUGAAAACAAGUUUGGAUCUGUUGUCAGCCAGGACGGGAGAAGCUGGCUCUUGCCAAGAUCCAUCAUCACUCCUUGGUUUUAUGAGGGUGCUUUGUUCUGGGGUGGGAGUGGGAGGCACAGUUUCUCAGAUAUUCUAAUAACAAAUCUUUCAGUCUUGUUGUAUAGUAAGUGGAGAAAGAGCGAGUCUCCCCCUACCAGCUCCCUGAGAAGACACUGCCACUAAAUGUUACUGUACUCUGGAAACAUGUAUAUACAACAGAUUGCAUUCUGUAGCCCAUGUGCAGUAGAGCUGUGGCUUCUGUCUGUUUCCUAGCUUAUGUGCCCAACACUCCUAGGGUGCACACAGAUAGUCUUACAUAUAUUCUAAGCAUUAAUUGGGAGAAAGGAAUCAACUCUGCACCUCAACAUUCCAAGAUGAGAAAAGGAAGAAGAAGAGUUUGGAUUUGAUAUCCCGCUUUAUCACUACCCGAAGGAGUCUAAAAGCGGCUAACAUUCUCCUUUCCCUUCCUCCCCCACAACAAACACUCUGUGAGGUGAGUGGGGCUGAGAGACUUCAGGGAAGUGUGACUGGCCCAAGGUCACCCAGCAGCUGCAUGUGGAGGAGCGGAGACGCAAACCCAGUUCCCCAGAUUACGAGUCUACCGCUCUUAACCACUACACCACGCUGGCUCUCAAAAGGAAGUUAAAUUUACUGUCCUUAAAUCUGUGAACCAAUGCCAUCACUGUUUAGAGCUUCUUGGGCAUUGUUUGCCCUCAGUCACCUCUAGCCAGGGCUGAUCAAAACCCCUGAUCUCAGGUUCAGGCUCAUAAGGUGUAGAUCGAUUGCACUGGGGAGACCUGGGUUCAAAUCCUUAGCCAUGAAGCCCAUUGGGUGAAUUUGGGCCAGUUAAACUUUCUGCAGUCCAGUCUUUGUCACAGGGUUGUUGUGAACACAAGAUAGAGGCAAGGGCAGUGUAUGUGUGUGCAAACCAUGAGUGCCACCUGAGAUUUUGGAGGAAGGACAAGAAAAGCAUGUGAUUUGUUAAAUGGCUCCAUGUUUUUUCCUACGUGUUUUUCCAUUAUGAAAAUGAUUAAAUGAAAGGAUGUUCAUUUA